AGACUGCCUUCGGGGAGGUGGUGAAUAAAAGCUGCUGUCCCCACCAGCUUCUGCCACUGAGAAGCGGCUGUGAAACAUGAGUGAUCCCAAGGACACGGGGAAGAAGCAGCUCGGCCCCCUGGACGAGGAGCAGCUGAUAAGCAGCCACUCCAGGUACUCCACCAAAGGCUUUGACUUCCAACCAAAUUCUGGAUUCAGUAGCUUCACAGGGCACCUGGGCCUCAGCCAUGUCCCCUUGGCACUGCAGGUCCUCUUCCUCAUUGUCUUCUCUGUGCUGCUGGUGGUCGUGCUUGCCAAAGUCUUCAGCAUUCCUAGCUUUCGGGGUCAGGAGCAGUCCAGCCAGGAGAAGAUCUACCAGGAGCUGACCCAGCUGAAGGCUGGAGUAGACCGCCUGUGUCGCUCCUGUCCCUGGGACUGGACGCCCUUCCAAGAAAGCUGCUACUUUUUCUCUGUGGCCCAGAAGACCUGGAAUGACUCUGCCACAGCCUGCCAGAAGGUGGGGGCGCAACUUGUGGUUAUCAAGAGUGAUGAAGAGCAGAACUUUCUGCAACAGUCUUCUAAGAAGAGAGGCAACACUUGGAUGGGGCUCAUCGACCUGAACAAGGAAUCCACAUGGCACUGGGUGGAUGGCUCGCCUCUGACACUCAGUUUCAUGAAGUAUUGGAAUAAAGGGGAACCCAACAACCUGGGGGAGGAAGACUGUGCGGAGUUCAAAGGUGAUGGCUGGAAUGACCACCAAUGUGACGACAAGAAAUUCUGGAUCUGCAAAAAACCCAAAACUUCCUGCCCUAGCAAGUGAUGGCCAACCUCUGUCCCCCACCCCCACAGCCUAAACACCACAGCAAUCCCGUUCAUUAUACCUGUCUGUGGCUGCUGAUGCCCUGACAAGAUCUCGGGGACUUUUCUCCACCAGGUAGCCUGUCUUCUGCAUGGCUGGACCACUUUUGUAUAAUCCUCUGGUGUCUGCGGGUUCUCUUUGGGUUAGUCGUUAUGGCUCUGCUUCACCUUUCCUUCUAAGGGAGUGACCAGGUAUGAGAUGUAUCCAGGUCCUUACUGGGUUCCUUUCAUCUCCUCUGUCUUCCUUUCUGAGUUCACAGCAUGUGUUGCCAUGGCAACUGAUGACACAUCCUAUGUGAUUUCAUAGCAUCUCACAGUACUUUCCUCCCACCUACUAAGUUUUUAAUCCACCUACCCUGCAUGCCCUUCUAUGGACGCCUUCCCUGAUCUCAGGAGCUCAGUCUGUAGGCUAGAAGCACAAGAGAAUCAAUUCCUCAUCCAUUAGUCAUGAUCAGAGAUUCUUGUGUUAAUACCCUGGCGCUCUCUCCACCUCUUGUUGGACAUGGUGAGCCUCAACGUUUUAGAGCCUAAAAAUGAACUCCCAAAUAUUUGGAAGAUUUAUAAUUUUUAUUGAAUUUGUUCAUUGACAAUUUCAUAUAUAUUCUAUUAUUCUGAUUACUGUCAUCCUCUACCCAACCUGAAAUUUCUCUCUUUUUACCUCUUCUUUCCCCCAUUCAUGACUUUUUGCUUGGUUUUGUGACCCAUUGACACUAACAAUGGCAUGUAUAUGAUCAUGAGUUUGAAACUAUCCAGUGGAGUCUGACAGGCUCAUCAUCAACUGAAGACAAUGACUGUCCCUCUCUCAAAAUCCAUCAGUAGCCAGUCAUUCAGCAGGGAGAGGUAGGGCCCUGUGAGCUCUUACUAUAACCAAGUGAUGAGAGGCCCACUUUUGGUCAGCCUUCUCCAUCCUCAGCUGCUGGGAGCUCUGCUGUCACCUGUCAGCCCUUCCUGUCCUAGGUCACUACAGCACUCUGCCUUCACCAACGUCAGGCUUCUGGUAAAGCACACGCAGAUGCAGGGUGAUGAAGAUGUAGCCAGGUUUGGGUCAGUACCCGCCAGGAAGUCACCUGUGGCUGCAUCAGGUCUGUCCCUUCGCUAUCCUUGCUUCUUGUAUGACAUAAUUAAAAAGUUGGUCUUUUCUGCGUUGCUAAGUGACAGGUUUCUUGUUUACAAUAUGUACCUUUGACCACUGUUGAGUCAUGCGAAUGGAGGUGACUUGGUGCAGAGCAUAAAACCUCACCUCAGGCACCAAGAGGACCAAAGAUGUGAUUAAAAUCUGGAAUGUUCACCUA